CAGCUAUAAAAGGCUAGCUUAAUUGCAAGGAUAUAUUUAUAUCACUAUAUAUCUACAUAUAUACAUGUACAUACGCCUUCAAAUUUUACACACAAUAAUUCUCAGAAAUGGCGGUCACAUUUUUUCUCCUCGGAUUCCUAAUGGUUCUUGCAAUAUCAGAUGCACAUGAAGGAAUAGGCAUAUGCUAUGGAACACUAGGCAGUGAUCUGGUACAAGCAUCAGAAGUGAUCCAACUUUACAAUACCAUAAACGUCACAAAAAUGAGGCUUUACAACCCGAACGACGCCGUGUUGCAAGCGCUUAGAGGCUCCAACAUACAGCUCAUGCUCGGAGUGCCAAACGAAGACCUUAUGCGCCUCGCCUCCGACACCGACUACUCGUACCAAUGGGUACACCAAAACGUUCAAAGCCACUGGCCGGAGGUGAGGUUCCGGUACAUCUACGUCGGCAACGAGAUCAGCCCCUUGAAACCUGACACAGCAUGGGUAGCCAACUACGUCCUCCCGGCGAUGAAGAACAUUCACACCGCGGUUUUGUCAGCUGGAUUGCAAAACAACAUCAAGGUUUCCACCUCCAUAGACAUGACAUUGUUAAGCAACUCAUUCCCUCCAUCAGAGGGUCAAUUUCACGUCGAAUUGACCUCGUAUAUUCAACCCAUUGUUGAGUUUCUGAGAAGCACAAAUUCGCCGUUGCUCGUCAACGUUUACCCUUACUUCACCCACACGCAAAAUCCAGCCGAUGUUUCCCUCAACUACGCUUUGUUCACUUCCCAAGCAGUGGAAGUAUGGGAUGGAGGGUACGGGUACCACAAUCUAUUUGAUGCAAUGCUGGAUGCAACCUAUGCGGCCAUUGCACAUGUCAGAGGGGAUAAUGUGGACAUUGUUGUCUCAGAGAGCGGGUGGCCAUCGGCCGGCGGAGUAGCAGCCACGCCGGAGAACGCAUUGAAGUAUAACCAGAAUUUAAUCCGGCAUAUCAAAGGUGGUAGUGGUACCCCGAGGAGGCCCAACAAGACCAUUGAGACAUACUUGUUUGCAAUGUUCGAUGAAAAUAGUAAAUCUGGAGCCGAGCUUGAGAGACAUUUUGGUCUGUUUUCUUCAAACAAGAUGGCCAAAUAUCCAAUUGAUUUUAGUGGUUGAAUGAGGAAGUUGAAGAUGCGGCAUCAUCACAUGAGUAACAACUUUGUUCUUAAUUCAGAAAUGAAAAAAAGAAAAAGAAAAAACACUAGACCCAGAUUGUACGUAUUUUCAAUGGUCUAACUAUUAUGCAUGUGGAUUAUGGAGAACCCAUCCAAACUAAAGAUUCCUUAGCCUCCCCCAUAUACAAUUACUAUAUGGUCAUCAGGUCGAAGUAUUUCAAAAUUUCAAACAGGG